AAGUGCUUACAGCAUUAUCAACAAUAAACUGUGUUCCUUGGUCAUUUUCGAGAGUUGUUUGAGUUUCUUUCCUUCCGUUUUCGAAGACAAGCCUAUUAGCACGUUAGGAUCCUGCCCUCACAUCUGACAACAUACCGGCCUAAACUAUUUUCGUAACAAAUAAUCUCUAGCAAUGGUAGCACUUGUUGAACCUCGACGAGAAUGUUGACUUGAGACCAUCGGGCGGGCAGGAGCGUUCCCUGCUCGCUCGACAUUGACUCGCUCUAGGGUAAUAGCCCAUGGGUAUUUGCGGAAGCCGGGCUAGCGGUCCUGGAGGUGUCCCAUCAGCCGGAGAAUCCAAGCAGGCCGGGACUGCCGCAGCCGCAUGGCAGGUCCAGGCAAAGGUCGACAAGGAUCAACUGUCGCUGCUUGGAAGCGCUGAAGGCGGCGGGCGAAAUGAUGCCCCGACCAUUACGCCCGUUCAGGCAUUCGGAGAUCAAGACAGCGGCAACGCAGCCGACUCAGUCCCCCAUGGAGGAGGUGCUGGUGCAGGAGGGGGCGGCGGGGGCCUUGCAUCGCGACUAUUCAAGCGCCCGAAUCAAUCCUCGGCUCCGAAUGAAGCUGCAGCGGAAAGGGAAGCAGCUGCAGGGGCCCUGCUGGGUCCCUCCGCCGCGACCACCGCCCUGCCCUCGCAACCCGCUCGAGCAGCAGCCGCUGCUGCAGCGGCGAACGCAGCUAACGCCGCAGCCGCGGCAGCAGUAGCUGCCGCCAGCCCACAUCCCUCCACCAACCCCGCCGCAGCCGCCGGGGCAGGUGGCGCCUCCGCCUGGCGGCCCCCCGCGCCCCUGCCCCCUCCCCCCCCUCCUGUCGUACAGCGCUCCGAAGCGGUCGCCCAGACGGACGCCUCCCUGCUGUACCCGCUGCUGCGCGACCCGGGUCCCACGGUGCCUGUCCGCUGGCGCAAGGGCGAGGGUAUCGGCGCGGGUUCCUUCGGUCAGGUGUACCUGGCGCUCAACUGCGAGACGGGGGAGCUGCUGGCGGUGAAGGAGGUGCCGGCGGGGCUGGCGGACCUCGCACUGGGGGCGGGCGCAGGGGGGGCCGGGGGGGCGGGGGGAGGAGGAGGAGCAGGCGGUGCGGGGGGAGGUGGCGGUGCAGGGCGGAGCAGUGCGGUGGAGGCGGUGGCCCAGCUGGAGCGCGAGGUGGCGCUGCUGAGUGCGCUGCGGCACCCCAACAUCGUGAGAUACGUGGGCACGCAGCGGAGCGGGGGAGGAGGGGCGGCGGCGGGGGGGUAUGCGUCAGCGGCGGGAGGAGGAGGCACGGGGCCGCCGCUGUACAUCUUCCUGGAGUACGUCCCCGGCGGCUCGCUGUCCUCGCAGCUCUCCCGCUUCGGCCCGCUGCCCGAGCCGCUUGUUGCGCUGUACACGCGGCAGCUGCUGCUGGGGCUGGCCUACCUGCACGCGCAGCGCACCGUGCACCGGGACGUCAAGGGUGCCAACCUGCUGCUCGAGAAGACGGGGGUGCUCAAGCUGGCGGACUUUGGCAUGGCCAAGCAGCUCAUGGAACAGGUGUCCUUCACCCGCUCCUUCAAGGGCAGCGCCUACUGGAUGGCGCCCGAGGUGAUCAAGCAGCAGGGCUACGGGGUGCAGGCGGACAUCUGGUCGGUGGGGUGCACGGUGCUGGAGAUGGCGACGGGCAAGCCCCCCUGGAGUCAGUGCACCAGCCAGGUGCAGGCCAUCUUCAAGAUCGCCUCCUCGCCCGACCUGCCAGCCAUCCCGGAGCACCUCUCGCCCCAGGCGUCCGAGUUCAUACUGCUGUGCCUGCAGCGCGACCCCUCCGCCCGCCCCACCGCGGAGGAGCUGCUGCGCCACCCCUUCGUCACCUCCCCCCUCGCCCGCACCCCCCUGCCACCCGCACUGGACGACCCCCUCGCCUCCCUCUACGACUGCUCCUCCGCGCUGCGGGCCGGGCCCUCGCUCAGCAGCCUGG